GCUUCCGUUUCAUAUGCCAGCAGAAGGCAUACACGGGAAUCCGGCGCCUGCGUGUUACAGAAUUUGUUUCCGAGCUGUGGCCUUUCUUUUUUUUUAAAGCUUAUUCAGAGGCACCGCCUUUCAGUUACGUCAGUCCCUUGUCACUAAAUUUGCGUCGUUGCGGCAGAUGUCUGAGUCCGAUACAUUAUGAUGCCAAUUACAAAGUAGGCCGGGGAAGCUGUUCCCUGUUUCUGAAGCUGAGGGGCGCAUGCGCUUGGGAAGGUCGUGGUACCAAAAGCCUGACCAGGAGGAAGUGAGGUUCCUUGCUGCUAAGCAAGUAGGUUCUUCGUGGUGGGUAGAAUGGAAAAUACUUGAGGUGGCUCAAAAAUGGAAAAUACUUCUGCGGAUGAAGAAGAGGAUUGCCCAGAAUUGAUUCCCAUAAAGGAGCAGGAAAUUAAGGACAGUGCAAGAAUAGAUGUUCAACCCAACAAGGCUUCUAAGAUUCCUGUUACUAUUAUUACUGGAUAUUUAGGAGCUGGGAAAACUACUCUUCUUAAUUAUAUUCUGACAGAACAACAUAACAAGAGAAUAGCUGUUAUCCUGAAUGAGUUUGGUGAAGGAAGUGCAUUGGAAAAAUCUUUGGCUGUAAGUCAGGGUGGAGAACUCUAUGAAGAAUGGCUGGAACUAAGAAAUGGUUGCCUCUGCUGUUCUGUAAAGGACAAUGGUUUGAAGGCUAUUGAGAAUCUAAUGCAUAAGAAAGGAAAGUUUGACUAUAUUCUGCUAGAGACAACUGGGUUGGCAGAUCCAGGCGCUGUUGCCUCCAUGUUCUGGGUUGAUGCUGAAUUAGGAAGUGACAUUUAUCUUGAUGGUAUUGUUUCUGUUGUUGAUGCGAAGUAUGGACUACAGCAUCUGAGAGAAGAAAUACACAGUGGGCUAAUCAAUGAAGCUGCAAGACAGAUUGCACUAGCGGAUCUUAUCGUCAUCAAUAAGACAGAUUUGGUUCCACAAGAAGCACUGAUGAAACUGAGAACAGCUGUCAGGUCAAUAAAUGGACUUGUCAAAAUUAUAGAGACUCAAAGAUCAAGAGUUGAUCUUUCUGAUGUGUUGGACUUGCAUGCCUUUGACAGUGUCUCAGGAAAAAGUUUGCAACAGAAGCUGCAGCUUCAAGAGGCACCACAACCACACCUUGAUAAGAGUAUUGUCACAUCCACAUUUGAAGUACAUGGAAGCACUACUGAAGAAGACCUAAAUGAGUUUGUUCAGAACUUGCUGUGGGAGAAGACUUUGAAAGACAAGAGAGGUAGCCCCAUGGAAGUCAUAAGACUCAAGGGGCUGGUUUCUAUCAAAGAUAAACCUCAUCAAGUGAUAGUCCAAGGUAUUCAUGAGCUGUAUGACCUAGAAGACACCACUGUGAAAUGGAAGGAGGAUGAACGAACAAAUAGAUUGGUUUUAAUAGGUAGGAACUUGGAUAAAUAUAUCCUUCAGGAUGCCUUUGUAGCUAUUGUGACAAAUAGAGAAGGAAAUGGUUGAUGUUGCCUUCCAAACAAUGGAUUUCCAGCAGUACAUGAUUUUUAAAUGGAAAAAUCCAGGACUGUUUCAUGGUUGUAAAGCUGGAAUUCUCUGCAGUUGAACACAUUUGCUUUUACUGUCUAAAAAUAAAAUUACUACAUUUGUGUGUU